CAGUUGGCGCUCCUGCGCGCACACGGGAAGUGGAGUGCUGGUGAUGUGACGGCUUUUCCUUUAAAAUCGUGGUGUUGAGAGGACACAAUGGGUCGUUACUCCCACGAGCCGGUCAACCAGACCAAGUCGUGCAAAGCGCGCGGCUCCAAUCUCCGCGUGCACUUCAAGAACACCCAUGAGACGGCGCGUGCUAUCAAAAGUAUGGCCCUGCGGAGAGCGCAGAAGUACCUGAAGAACGUCGUCGAGCACAAGGAGUGCGUACCUUUCCGUAGGUUCAACGGUGGCGUCGGCAGGUGCGCUCAAGCCAAACAGUUUGGCACUACGCAAGGUCGCUGGCCCAAGAAGUCUGCAGAAUUUCUGCUGCAGCUUUUGAAAAAUGCAGAGAGUAAUGCCGAUUACAAAGGACUCGAUGUCGAUCGCCUUGUAAUAGAGCAUAUUCAGGUUAACCAUGCGCCUUGCCUCCGUAGAAGGACAUACCGAGCUCAUGGUCGUAUAAAUCCUUACAUGAGCUCACCUUGUCACAUUGAAGUGAUAUUGACGGAAAAGGAGGACGUUGUUGCGAAAGCUACAGAGGAGGAGCCAUCGAAAAAGAAGCUUAGUAAGAAAAAGCUUGCUAGACAAAAGGAAAAAAUGAUGAGGGAAUAGAUCCGCUACUUUAUACGCAAGUAUGUUGGGAAUAUAAAACAUGGAAAUUACUUGGGUUUUUA